ACGUCAGCGACCCAAUCCCCGCUGCCGCCGCAUCCUCCGUGCCUGCCAGGAGCUGGCGUCCCCCGCGUUCCUUGCGCCCGGCCUGGCCAUGGCUUCGGUCGUACUGAUGCCGCUCCUGCUGCUGCUGCUGCAGCCUCCACCCGCCACCCCCGCGCCGCCUGUUCGCGACCCCUUCGCCCUGCAGCUCGGGGACACGCAGAGCUGCCAGCUGCGGUGCCGAGACCGCUACCCUAGUCCGCAGCCGGCUCAGGAGGAGCUGGAGGAGGACCCCACUGAGUCCCCGCAUGUGAAUGCGUAUGAUAGGGCCGUGCUGAUCAGUGCUUGUGAGCGAGGCUGCCGCCUCUUCUCCAUCUGCCGCUUCGUGGCCAGGAGCUCCAAGCCCAAUGCCACCCAAGCAGAGUGUGAAGCAGCCUGUGUGGAGGCUUAUGUGAAGGAGACGGAGCAGCAGGCCUGCAGCGAGGGCUGCUGGAGCCAGAACCCACAGCUGGAACCUGAGCCUGAGCUGGAGCCAGAGCAGAAGAGAAAGGUCCUGGAAGCUCCGAGUGGGGCCUUCUCGCUCCUGGACUUGUUUUCCACCCUCUGCAAUGACCUUGUCAACUCGGCUCAGGGCUUCGUCUCCUCUACCUGGACAUACUACCUGCAGACUGACAAUGGGAAGGUGGUGGUAUUCCAGACCCAGCCUGUAGUAGAGAGCCUGGGGCAUGAGGGGACCCGUCUGCAGCGAGUAGAGGUGACCUGGCGGGGAUCCCACCCUGAGGCCUUGGAGGUGCAUGUUGACCCCGUAGGCCCCUUGGACAAGGUAAGAAAGGCCAAGAUUCGAGUCAAGACCAGCAGCAAAACCAAGAUUGAGUCUGAUGAACUUCAGGACAAUGACUUCCUCAGUUGCAUGUCCCGGCGCUCCGGGCUUCCUCGCUGGAUCCUGGCCUGCUGUCUCUUCCUCUCUGUGCUGGUGAUGCUGUGGCUGAGCUGCUCCACUCUGGUGACUGCACCCGGCCAGCACCUCAAGUUCCAGCCCCUGACUCUGGAGCAGCACAAGGGCUUUAUGGUAGAGCCAGACUGGCCUCUGUACCCUCCCCCAUCUCACACCUUUGCAGACAGCCCCCCACCCUACAAGCUGAAGCUGGACCUGACCAAGCUGUAGGCCUCCAUUGCCAAGUACAAGGGCUCCUCAGGCCUUCCUUGCCCUUUGCCUAAGAGGCCAGGUCAGGGUGGGACCAUCCUUGGGCUCCUCCUUCCCCCUUAUUCUCCUUCUGUCCCAAGCCCUGCCCCUCACCCCCUGGAUCCUGGGGUUGCCAUGCCCCUGCUGGGAAGGGGGGAAUCUGACUUUGGUUCCUCCCUGCCCCCCAUCCCCAGAGCGUGUUACUUUUGUCUUUUAUUGUGUAGUUUCUUGAGUAUUUGAACCCCAGUUCUGUGCUGCCUUCCUUCUUCCUCUCUCCCCUCUCUGGGGGGCUGAGGUCACAGGGGAGCCACCUUGUGUUAGGGCUUCCCCUUUUCUCCCCACCCCAUCUCUGGAGAUCUAGCCCCCUGAGAGGAGGCCCCCUGAGGGAAGAGGUGGUGGGUAGCUCCAUACUGGGAAGGCAGAUAAGGCUGGAAUUGCAGCAUGGGGGUCAGGAGGAAUAAACCGUGUAAAUAAGAAA